AAUCCAAUCCACACCUUCUCCUUGAGUAUGUUUUAUAACGCUGUAAUUCACUUUCUUCCUACAUCAACAUUUAAAUAUGUGAAAUAAAAACAUAAAUAUAAAGAAAGAAGGUAAAUAUGAAGCAAUUGUUGAUGUCCACUUUUCUCUCUUCACCAUCCCCCUACCCGUGGCCGUGGCUACUGCCUACCUUCUCUCGACAUCCUCGUUUCCAACUUCCCGCAUUAUCCACUUUUCCCUCACAUUUUUUCUUGCAGAUAAAAGAACCCAAAAAGAGAUUUUAGGCGAAGCCCGAUCCUUCUCUUUCCUUCGAGAAGACACGUCAGAAAUGGCGCCUCGUCUCCUCAGCUGUUUCCGCAGAAGCUCCUCCCAGUCCAAUCACGAGGAGAAAGAGACGGCGACGGAGGAGGAGCAGGGACCAGGUCCGGUGGUGGUGGAGCUCUUCUCCUCGCAGGGCUGCGCCACCUCUACGGAGGCGGAGAUGGUGUUCUCGCGGCUGGGGAGGGGCGACUUCAACCUGGACGUGCCGUUGGUAUUAUUGGCGUACCACGUGGACUACUGGGAUUAUAAUGGGUGGAAGGAUCCCUUCGGGUCCAGCCAAUGGACCGUCAGGCAGAAGGCCUACGUUGAGGCCCUCAAUCUUGAUACCAUGUUCACGCCCCAAAUUGUGAUCCAGGGCCGGGCCCAAUGCGUUGCCAAUGAGCCCGAAGAAAUUUUGUCCUGCAUCGCAUCGGCACCCAGAUUCCCUGCUCCCUCUUUCCAGGCGACGUUCCAAAAGCCCACACCGGACUCGUUGCAAGUAUCACUGACGGGAACUCUAAGGACAAAAGUUGAUGAUCAAGGUGCCAAUUUGAUGGUUGCUCUGUACGAAUGCGGUUUGGUCACGGACUGCCCCGAUGGGGCCAACAAAGGCCGGGUUUUGGCCAAUGACUAUGUUGUCCGCCGCCUUGAAAAGCUAUGCUCACUCCAUGACAUCUCAGCCAAGAAGUCUAUCUCCGGAACUCUGGAUUUUCCUCUGUGGGAGGGUUUCAAUGCUGCCAAAUGUGGCGUGUCCGUGUUUGUUGAGAGCCCUUCUCAUCUAAUCUUUGGUUCUCAGAAAUUUCAGUUGCAAGGUAAUCUAUGAGUUGGUCAUUUUGUUCCUCUCAUUUUUAGUUUUGGGCAUGGUCCUUUUAGCUGCUAUCACUUUGUCCAUUGUUGUUGUAAGAAAUCUAGGACCACCUCAUACGAAUGACAGAACAUCAUAGUCAGAUGUUCACAGGACAUAAAUAUAAGAUUCCUAACGACACAUUUUUACAAUCAUCUCAA